AUAUAUAAAGUAACGUAUUCUUGUUAAUAUAAUGAGUAAACAAAUAAUGCUUAUAAUUAGAAAUACAUAGAGAAUGAUAAUUGAAAAUUUUUUUUGUUAAACAAAGUUAAAUUGUGUCAUUUAUUGUGGUAUAUUUUAAAGAUCAUUCAAGAUGAUUAGAGGUCAAGAACUGAUGUCAUGUCGAUUAACUUUAUGGUGUUUAUUUUUCACGGGAUGUAUUAUCAAUUAUAUGUUAAAAAUUUGUGUUAAUUUGGCUAUUGUGGCUAUGGUAAUACCUAGAAUUAUUGAGCCAGUAUACUCUCAAUGUAAUAGUCAUAAUUCAUCAUCUAAUAUUACCCAGUAUAUUACUCCAACUACUCAUACAUUACCGCUUAAUAUUACGUCUGAAGGACGAUUUAAUUGGACUGAAUAUGAACAAGGAUUAGCAUUAGGUGCUUUCUACUGGUCUUACUGGAUUACUAAUGUACCUGGAGGUCUUUUAGUUCGACGUUAUGGUACAAAAAUAGUAUUUGGAAGUGCUAAUUUUCUAGCUUGUCUUAUAGUUUCUUUGAUUCCAUCAAUGAUUAAAUAUCAUUUGUAUGCAUUUCUUGCAAUUCGAGUUCUUCAAGGUGCUGUCAUGGGUGUUGUAUUACCUUCUAUGCAUGGUAUGACAGCUAAGUGGAUACCUCCAUAUGAAAGAAGUAGAUUUGUCAGUGCUUAUAUGGGUGGAACAGUUGGAACAGCAAUUACUUAUUUUUUUAGUGCAGUAAUAAUUUAUUAUUUUAACUGGGAAAUGGUAUUUUAUACAAUAUCAGUUAUUGGUGCAAUAUGGUAUUGUUUCUGGUUGUACUUUGCAUAUGAUUCACCUCAAGAACAUCCAAGGAUUAGUAAAGCUGAAUUAAAGUAUAUUAUGGAUAACAUACCUGAAACUACAAACAAUGAAAAAAAGAAGAUGAUACCUUGGCGCCAAAUUUUGACUUCAGUACCAUUUUGGGUAUCAAUUAUAGCUAAUUGGGGGCCUUCCUGGGCAUAUUUGACUAUUUUAGCACAAGGACCCACAUAUUUUAGUUUUAUUCAUGGCUGGGAUAUCAAUACCACUGGAAUAGUUACUGGAGUUCCACAUCUACUUUCUAUGAUCUUUGCCUACUCGUGGGGUGCUUUUUGUGACUGGCUUCUAAAAACAAACAAAAUGUCCCGUACAGCAAUUCGUAAAUUAUCAUUAUCAUUGAUUCCUGCACUUCAGACAAUUUUUUUCUUUGGACUUAGUUUGAGCGGAUGCCAUUCAAACUUGGCUGCUUUUUGUAUGAUAGUUGGAACCACUUUAAUUGGAGGACCAGGAUCAGGAAUACUUGCAAAUCUUGUUGAUCUUAGUCCUAAUUAUGCCAGUCUUCUUCUUGGUAUUUGUGGAUUGGUAACCAAUUUUGCAGGAGUUUUGUCACCACUUAUCGUUGGAAUUCUUACUAAUGAAAAUCAAACAAUUGGUCAAUGGCGUUUUUUGUUUUUAAUUACUUCUGCAUGUAUCGGAAUGUCUUCAAUAAUUUAUUUCAUUUGGGGAACAGCUGACGAACAGACUUGGAACAACGUGAAAGGAUACGAUAAUAAGGAAAGUAUUGGUGAUGAAGAACUACAGAAACUCAAAGAAGCCCAACACCAAGUAAUUAAGUGCAAGACUGAUCAUGAGAAGAAAGAGUUUCAAAAACAACAAAAUAAUAAAUCGACCACUUAAAAUUCUGUAGCAACAGUAAUCAAUAAAAAGAAUCAAUGUCUUGUGUAUCAAUAAAAAUAGUCUGAUGUAAAGAUGUAUCAUUUUACCAAAGAAAACCGCAGACGUAUAAAUUUUUAGAAGCAAGUGGCAUGAAAAGAAAAAAACUUUCUGCCUGUACCUUUACUCAGUGUCAAUAAAACAACUAUCCUCUUCAGAUUGGAUUAAACUACAUA